AAAUUUUUCUAACCGGUUAGUCCGCUACCGCGCCGACGGCGGCGGCGGCGGCGCGUUCGCAAAGGACUCGCGUAAUUACGCGAGAACGUCAUGCGCGGGGAAAUUAUGCCGUAGUUGUGGGUCGGAAUUCGGUUCGUUUGCACACGUAAGAAGUCCUCUGGGAGAAAAAAAAAAGAGAAAAAGAGAGAGGGGGGGGGGAAAGAGAGAAAAGGGAAUUACAGGAAAAUCGCUUUUCCGACGAAAUUUUUAAUCUGAAUGCAAAUCGCAUGGAGAUUUGAUCGACGGGGGGAUACGGAGGCCGGCCGAGGUUUCACCUUUUCGACAUUUAAUCCGAGCGCAAAUUACUAAGAGAUUCGAUCGUCCGGCGAUACAUUUCCGGAAAUUCCGCCUCUCGGACGUGCCGCCUCUCGAAAUAGAACGCUUAGGAUUAUAGACGCGAUGCGCUAACACGCUUAUCUGUUCUCCACGCAGUCCCAUCACCAAUGUGUAUCAAUCGCAGCAACUAGCGAUAAAGCUCCGCUGAAGAACUCCAAUUCUCAGAGGCAGAAUAGAGUCGGCAGAUGGAGCGUCGCGAUAAGAACGCCUGCGGAAUUCCUGCUCGCAGAGGUCACUCGAGACAAAUCCCGUCAUUUGCGAUGAAUUUUCUCGGAAGCGUCGUGCAAUCGCGAGCGCCGAUUAGCCGAGAAAAUCAGUAAUCAGCCGCGCGCGCGCGCGUCACUCGGCGCAGGCUUAUCGACGUGGUAUUUAUGUAUCACUGAAUCAGGAUCUAUCGGCCUCGGUCAUCGUCGAGCCAAAUUUAUCGCGGAGAGAGAUCGGCGAUCGCAACCUUUAGUCGCGCGCGCGCGCGAGGGACGGAGUGAGAGAGGGAGAGACAGAGCGAGCAGGUUAUCUUCCGCCGAGAACGGCCGAUUAAAUUUACACGCUGACGCAACGCGCGAUCGCGGACAAGUCUCUUUGUAAAAAGCAGUCACGAUCUCGAGACGUCACGCGGCGCGCGCGCUUUUCUUCCCCCGCGCGGAUCGAUCGGAGUAUCGCGUCGCGGUCGGCGAUACGCGACACCUACCGUCGCGUUCUCGCCGCGGAAAUCGAUUUGUCCUCUCUCAAGAUAGAUGCACGAGCCCGUGUCUCGAUCGUGAAAUUAAUGAUUUCCACCGUCCAGGCGUCGCGGCCGAGUUCAAUGAGCAAGAGGAGAACGGCGCCGGGCGAUUACGCGAACACACCGGUGAAACCCUCCCUCUCUCUCUCUCUCUCUCCCCCUCUCGCGAUACCUUCUCCUCGGCUUCGAUACUUUCGCCUUCGGUUGUCCGCGACGCGUGAACUUUUAAUCAGCCUUUCGCGCGAAUUACCACGUUAACUCGCGGCACGACGUUUAUCGGCCGUAAAGCGGAGCGAGGAGUGUAAUUUCGCCGAGCGAUUGGACUCGGCAAGACUCGGGAGAACCGGGCGCUUCGCGUCUCGUCGAAGCACCCCCUCGUAUCUCCCCUCCUCCCCCCCCCCCGGAGUGAAGGACAGAGAGUGAACGACGUACGGGCGCGGUUGAGAGUUUUACGUCCGCCCGUGACGCGCAUAGCGCCGCGUGAGGAUGUAACACGACGUAACGCGUCGCUACGGCCGCGCCGUAAAAGCCAUGCCGGACGAGAAUCGCCGUCGCCGCCGUUCGUCCUUCCAAGUGAGACGUUGCGCCGGCGCGGGCAGCCGAUGAUAUUAUGGGAGCCGGCGAAAUGAAUAGAGAGAUUCCCAGCAGCACCCUCGCGACCUUGAGGGGGAUCCUGGUGAGCUCGUUGUCGAGGGAGAACCUCGGCCCGCACGACCUCCCCGUCCACGAGCACACGAGGCAUCGACCGCCCAGGAAGGUGCACUUUCGCGAAGCUGGAGCCGCUCCUGAGGAAACUAACCAAAGGUCCAGUUCUGCACACAAUCGCCACUCUCUCACGAAGGAGCAAACGAUGCACUGGUUCGCCCAGAUCGGAGUCGGCGACGACGACGCACUCGCUUUGCCAGAUGUGAAGCGCCGGCGAAGUCUCUACGAUGAGGAUUCCCUCGAUGGCGAUCGUCCUUACGAGAAUGAAGGACGCGACUCGACGGGAAGCUCGAAAGAGUUGGACAGGGCGAAGCUUGUCCGCGAGAGACAGAACGAGGAGCGGCAGCGGAAGUUGGAGGAGCUCAGGCAACAGGCGCUCGCCGCGCAACGCUUCCGGGAGCAGCGCGAGGAGGAGCGACGAAGACGCAUCGACGAGCUCAGAUCGCGUGACAACGACAGACGAAACCAAGUGGAGGAGAGAAAACGGCUGAUAUGCGAGGCCGAACGGGAAAGACGGGAGGCUAUCCUCCGGAAGAACCAGGAGAGGGAGGCGCGCAUCGAGGCGAAGAAGAAGAACGAGAGAUCGCACAUUGUCUUCGCGUUCGGCAGCUCCACGCCGCGGAUGCUGGAGCCCGCCGACACCGGCGGCUCCACCUUCUGGGGCACCCGCAGGGCCACCUCCACCACCAACGUCAUGAUGUUCUCCGCGGCGCAGCCGCUCACCAGGAGAUCCUCCGAGAGAGAGCUGGACGGCAGCAAGAAGCGGGCCACUUCCGCCGGUGGACUCGACCGGAAGCCCGGAGAAGAUAUGAGAAUGUCCUCGUCCAUGUACGAGGUGUUCAAUUGGAAUUCUAGCCCCGAUCCUCCUUUAACUCCUGCCAAGCAUAAGAGAGCCAGCCUCUCUCUACCUCCCACAACCGACAUCUUUGCCGUCGAUGAUAAAUCCGAUAGCGACACUCGGCGUCCCAUGAUUCAGCGGGCUGCCAGUGGUGAGGAGAGCGACGGCACCACACCCAGCACACCCAGCUCGGUUUACCUGCGGGUGAACAGGAGGCGCACCGACCUCAUGCCGACGAUACCGUCCCCGCGUGACGGCCCGCCGUCGACGGCGCGCAGCUCCAGCGCCAAGGCCUUCACACGUUCGCCAGGUAUCCGCAGCGGCGAAGUGACACCCAACAGCCCGUCCCGACCGCACAGCUCCAUGAGCCAGCAGAGCGCCAGCAGCGUGGGCAGCAGUAAUGUCAAUCUGCGUUCCCGUACGGCCGCGUCGCGCCGACCGCGGCCUGCUUCUAUUGCCGGUACCGGUGUCUCGGUCACAGAGAAACACAAUCUGGUGGGCGAUGUGAAAUUAACGAAGGAUUCAAAGCCACCACUGCCAAAGGUCCAUAGCACUCCGAAGAAACCUUCUACACCGAAAGCCACGGAGGUGAAGAAGCCGACGGAGAAGUUAAUCAAGAAUGUCAAAUCGUCACCGCGAAUAACCCCGAAAGCGACUCCCCUGCAAAGUCCCGGAGCUGAGCAUGCACCGCUCAUCCGCGAGUCCACCGUGGAGAUAAUAAAGCAGAAUGACGCCAAGCAGGAUACGCAGGAUGUGAAGGAUGUGAAGGAUGUGAAGGAGGACAAGAACGAAGAGAAGAAGGAUCAGGGCAGUGAGAAGAUUCAGCAACAGGAAUCGAACAUCGCCGAAUCCGUAAUCGAAGAUACGAAGGUAGUAGAGGAACAAACCGUGCCUGUGUCAGCGAGCAAACAAGUCAAGGACGAGACUAAUCUGCUGCAAGAAAAUCUGUUGAGCACAGUUGCGGAGGAACCGCCGAAAGUCGCUAAAAAGGAGGAGAACAAACAAGAAAAGAAACCGACGGAGACGACUGAAGUCAAGUCCGAAAACGAAAUGGACGAGCAAGUCGACAUGUCAGCUUCGAUGAUCGCCAAGAUCAGAAUCACCACCGAGGAGGAGGCCAAAGCCGCUUUGGCCGAGCGUAGAAGAUUGGCGCGAGAACAAGCGGAACGAGAGGCGGAACUUGAGCGUCAGCGAAAGGAGGAAGAAGCGCGCUUAGAAGCUGAAAGAUUGCGCGCUGAGGAGGAGGAGCAACGCCGUCUGGAGGAGGAGACUCUACGCUUGGCUAAUGAAGCUCGAGAGGCAGAGGAACAGCGACUGCAAGUGGCGAUCGAGGAAGCCAAACGUCGCGAAGAAGAAGACAGAAGAAGAAGAGAAGAGGAAGCUCGUCAGAAACAGGAGAAGGAGGAAGCAGAGCGUAAAGCGAGAGAGGAGGCGGAAAGACAACGAAUUGAAAUGUCGGAGAAGCUGAAGAAGGAGGAGCAGGAACGCAACGCUAGACGCAAACGAGUCGAGGCGAUUAUGCUCAGGACGAGAGGCAAAAAUCAAUCUAACACGCCUACCAAGGGCGAGGCCGGUGAUGGCGACAAGUUGAAGGAAGAAAGUCCUAGCGACGAGAAUAAACCCGUACCGGGCGGUAAAGGUGAUGACGUUAUGACAGCUAGUUUAAUUUCCGAAGCAACUGAGCAGUUCAUUAGUGGUGAGCAGCGGGCGCAUCAGGCGGAAAACAACGCCGCGCCGGACAUUGUGCACAACGGCACGCAUAGCAACGGCAUUAACGAAAGUAAAAUUGUAUUGGAUAAUAAUCAGGGUAACGUUGAAGGAGAAUUGAACGGUCAUCACACGAAUCACGGGAACGGUAUCAACAGUCAGUCGAUUACACUGGACAAUGCCACUGUCAAGCAAAACAACGUGACCAACAACCUGUUAGACCUGUCGGAGUUCGACACUCUGAGUAAUAACAGUAGCGGCUACGAUACCGGGCCGAUACUCGAACUGACGCCCAAUCUGGCGAACGAGGAUACUCUCAACUCCAAUCUAAACCCGACGGCGAUGCCUUUUACCCCGAUGGGCAAUACGUUCAUGCCCGCCGCCGCUAACGCCAAUGUCAAUCCGUUCCAGGACAAUUUCAUCAGUAACAAGCCGCAAGAUAACAAUCAAGUACCAGAUCUUUUGUCAUAAAGUAUCACUGAAACGUUCUCCCGGACGAGCAGAAGAGGAACAGUUCGGUAAUCAGUAACCAAAUUGCUCAUGGCGAGCAAUAACUAUACUCAGAACGAGACGAGUCGUUUACGAUAAUGUAAAUAUAAUCGCUGUCGCACGAUAUGUGUCGUGUGUACGUAGAGGAAAUAUAAAGAGAUGCAGUGGAGAGAGAAGGGCGCCGCAUAUCGGACUGACUAUCCGUGGGCCCACGAUCGUGCCGAGCUCUGAGCAUUAUCACCGGGUAAAAAAGAAGUGUAAUAUAUAAUAUCUAAUGUUAAUUAUAUUAAUAUUAUGCAACAGCAAGUGUGGACACUCAAUCUGUGUGUCGUAGUACGCUAUUAGAUUAAUAUAAAUUUCUAAAGGACUUUCGGAAAGGGAUGAGGCCUGUUUGUAAACACAUCAUUUUCGGAUACACGGACGUAUUUUACGGUAACGAAUCGAACUUAAUUUCUCACGUGCUCACACACGUACAUAACGUGCAAUCGCACAGCAAAAAGACACACACAUACGGUUUUUCUCUCUUAUCCCCCACAAGCGCAUACACACUCCCGCGUGUAAGCAAUUGAAAUUUUCCAGACAUUAAUCGGAUAGCGAUAAUAAAUAGAAAGUAUCAAGAAUCGCGCGAAACACAGAAAAUAUGAAUAACGAAGAGCAUAAUAUAGCACAAGACAGAAAAACAAAACUAUAAAAACGAAGAUACCGAAAUCAGAUGAAACUCUGAAAAACGUAUCUGCCAAAACGACGUAGGAGGCGAGCUCUGAUGAAUUGGAGAAUCUCCCUAACGUAAGAAAUAGCGUAAAGUACUAUCUAAUAGCAACUUCACCAUGGUCGAAUUCAAGCGCGUGAUCGCGUCCAAUGUGAACGAGAGAAAGAGAGAGACAUAUUUUGCGGCUACGGCAUGGGGGAAAGUAACAGGCAGAGAAAGAACAAACAUUUUUCUUCCAUACCAGAUUUCGGGGCGUGCGCUCACUAGUCAAGCAAUCUUACUAUUUUUUCUUCCUCCUUUUUCCCUUUUUUUUUUUUUUUUUCUCGUGUAUCGUUUAGAGGGCCUACUUAACAUUGGUAUACUCUAGGUGUUUGCUAGACGUCACUAUUGUUACGUUUCUUCGUACGUGGAUCUAACAUAAAUUCUCUAGCUGUGAUGAUGAUGAUGAUGAUGAUGAUGAUGAUGUUGAUGAUGAUGAUGAUGAUGUUGAUGAUGAUGAUGAUGACGACGACGAUGAUGACGAUGUUGUUGAUGAUGAUGAUGAUGGUGAUGAAAAUAAUAACGACGACGAUGAACGCCGAUUGCUUUGUGAGAUAGCCGCUGCAUAAGUUAACGGUGUGACGAUCGAGUAGCGUUAAUUGUAAGAGUUGUUACGCGAAGAAAUGUUACAAAUGAUCGCGCGAAAUCAAUCGCGCUGUAUUCGACAAAGGGAAAGCACGACGAUCGCUCGCGAUAUCACGACCGACGCGACGGUGCGAAUGCGGAGCGCAAAGCCGGAUACUACCGCUGUAAUGUUUCGCAAGGCCGAAAGGUGCGAGAGCUGUAAUCGCGACAUCAAGAUACUACCAGACGUGGAUAUCGGUAGCUUGCUUUGCUUUACGCACGCCUUAUCGCAGAUUGCGCGAUAUCAUCGUUAGGGUACUGAUUCAUAGGGGACCGACGACAGAUUAUUUGUAACGUGAGCGGUGAAGCAAGAAGACAUUUCUGUUAUCCCGAUUUCACUCGGGACGCAUGGUCGAGAGAAUUAAUUUUCGACACUAGAGAAAGGAUAGGAUUAUAGUGUAUAGACUUUAUGUACUGUUUGUUAUGCGACUUUCCUCUCGUACGUUUGCGCCACACGCGCACGCAAGUUUCAUCCUCCUCCCCCCUUUCCUCCUGCUCUUUACUUUAAUCGCAUUUUACCCGUAAUCAGUAAAGGGUUUAUUGAGCUGCACGUGAUGCGAGCUGAGAUUUUCUCGUCGGCGUCGUUUCCAUUUGUAUUCGAGAUGUUCUCACGUUCGCUGCUGCGUAACGUUGUAACGUUGUUUUCGGACGCGUCGAGAAAGAUUUUCCCGCUCGCGAAUGACCGAUAUAUUUUCUCAUUCAUGAAUGAUAUGUAUUUUUAUCGAGAGUUGUUAGCGAGCUUGUUUAUACAGGCGCAUGUUGCAUCGCGAGUCGUUGUUCACGCACCGAGAAUAUCCCGAAUCGUUGGGAAGAAACAGAAAAGACGAAAAAGUACCGGAAGAACCGUGCAAAGUGACAGAUUUAUUGACACGUUUUAUCGUCCGUUCUCCCACGAGAAAUCGUCUCUGUGUUUGUCUUGUAAAAAUUUUAAUGCUGUAACGAAUUGCAGUCCGCCUCGUUCGUUACGAGUUAUUGUGUAUCAAACUUAUUUAUUAGUUCUUCUUUUCGACAGAUAUAUUUAUUAACCGUUCAGACACCACAUAUUAUCCCUGCGUCACGUGUACACUUAUACUAUUUCUAUUAGAUUUGGUUGAAACUAUUAAAACUACUCUAUAAGAAUACAUAAUAAUAUUAAUAAUAAUAAUAAUAAUAAUAAUAAAAUAGAAUACGAGACAACGCGCGUUUCUAAAUAUACAAUAACGAAAAAAAAAAAUGCUAAAUAUUAUCAGUCAUGUCUAAAAAAAAAACAAAUACUUCAUAUUGUAAAAAAUGCUUGUAUGUAAUAAAUACUUAAUACCGAAAA